AUGGCGAAGGAGAAUUGUGCAGGACUUUGUCCUGCAUACUUUGAUGAACUUGUGGGACCAACGCGGGCCAGGUACAAAGAAAAAAUUGCCGCACUAUCGUCUUUAAAUAUCGCCCUAUGUGACGGCGUGGAUCCAUAUCAGCUACCACUUGGUGCGCAAGCCGCUGUUAAUGCAAGCCUGCUACCACCAGUUACUCAUGUUGACAUUAUAAAUUAUCUCGUGUUGUCAACAAGUUAUGUUUCAUUAGAUCAGAUGAAGGCUUACAAGUCGCUCGACUCACACAACUACUUCACCAGCGGAUGGGUCCGGAACCUCAUUGCCAAGAAGUUGCCGUCUAAGCGAGUUGUCUUGCUUAGCCAGGUAAACCAUUCUCAGCGUCUGCGGGAGGCACCGCUGAAAGUUUGGCUGUUGGCAGAUAUCGAUGGCAGUAUUAUUACUGCACACUGUACUUGUAUGGCUGGUGCAGGAGAGGCUUGCUCUCACGUGGGAGCGACUCUCUUUGCUGUGGAAACAGCAGUGCGGAUUAGGGACUCAGCAACUUGCACAGACAAGAGCAAUGUGUGGCUUCCUGCACACAGCCCUAUGACGGAGUUCAAACGGCUGCAGGACAUUGAUUUUUCGUCAUCUAAGGCCAAGAAAAAAGAAUGGGCACCAUCCACAUCCAUUCUCCAGACACCCGUCAGCCAUCCCGACCAGUGCCACAAGUUCUUGGUCCAACGCCAGAUGAACUCGAACGGUGCUAUGCUGCGAUAGCAGAUGCUGGAGCUAAUCCUGCAUUAUUUAUGGUGCACCCAAAGUACAGUUCGAACUUUCAUCCACCGAAAGUGAAUGAGCCUUGUCUUCUUCGCAGUCUAGGAAGCGUAGAAGCCAGAACAGAAGAUUUGCCAGCCUUAGUAGUGCGCGCAGAAAAGGUAUUUCAUGAACUUACAAUAACUGAAGAAAUGGUGACUCGUGUUGAGAGUAACACGAGAGAACAGUCAAAAUGUUUGAAGUGGUUCACAUACCGAGCUGGGAGAAUAACAGCAUCUCUAAUGAAAAGCAUCUGCGCGACAAGUGUGAGCCAGCCAUCAGUGAGUUUAGUAAAGCGAAUUUGUUACCCCGAGAAGCACAAAUUUUCAUCAGCGGCAACCGAAUGGGGACUGCAACAUGAGAAUGCUGCCCUUUCCAGCUACAAGGCCAAAGCAGUGCAACAGCAUAAGGAUUUUGUUCUUAGAAAGACUGGUGUUUUUUUGUGUGUGAAGCAUCCACACCUUGCAGCUAGCCCCGAUUCAUUUACGAGUUGUGCGUGCGGCGGUGAUGGCAUUGUUGAAGUGAAGUGUCCGUAUUCUGCAGCGCAUUGUGACAUUCUAGACACAUUGAACAGUCCUAACUGUUGUCUUGAACAAAUCAAUGGAAGGCUUGGCUUGAAAAGAACUC